UUUGAAUUGAUUCCAAUUCAUUGUCACUCCUACAACGUGCAGUAUUUUAAUUAGAAGCGAAACCAAGAGAGUGAGUGAGUGGAAGUUAGUUUACUGCAGGUUUUGUCCUAGGAAAAGAAAAGGAUAUACAUAAAUGUAUCAAAAAGAUAGAGUAGCACAUGGAAUUAGAAUUAGGUGUGGAAUGUAACAAGUAUUCGACAUAUUAUGACUCCACGUUCGCUGGGCCCUAUGAAAGUUUAUAUUAACAAAGCCAAGAAGGAAAUGGAAUUACUCGGACCAGAAGAGAAACAUAUCUUCUGCGGUGGCAACCGAAGCAUCGCAAUGGCAGCAGAACUUCUUGGACAAGGCAAAGUGAUCGCAGUGCCAACAGACACAGUGUAUGGUCUGGCAUGUUUGGCUUCCAAUUCAGAUGCCAUUCAGCGAUUAUACGAAAUCAAGCAACGAGAAGAAAGGAAACCAUUGGCGAUCUGUCUGAGUAGUGUUAAAGAUGUGGGUACAUGGGGUAUUGUGGACGAUAUACCACCUUAUAUGCUGCUAAACCUGCUCCCUGGACCAUACACCAUAUGUCUGCGACGCACGUCUGCUCUGAAUCCGGCCCUCAAUCCUGGCCUCGACACUGUUGGUAUCCGCGUACCCAACGACAAAUUCAUACGCAGUGUCGCCCAGACUGUCGGUCCACUCGCGCUCACCAGUGCCAAUGUUAGCGGUCAGCCGAGCAGUCUACAUCCGAACGAGUUCAGUGAGUUAUGGCCGAAACUUGAUGGCAUUUUCUAUAGUGUAAAGAAAAAACGACGAGACGAUCGGCACCGAGUUGGUUCCACGGUAGUAGAUAUAUCGAAGCCGGGCUGUUUCACGAUUGUGCGACGUGGUAUUGGCUUGAAUUUUGUUCUCGGAACAUUAUACAGGUUUAAGUUGGUUCCAGCCGAGUAAUGCACACGUGAAUUUGACUGAAUGUGAUAUUAAUAAAAAGAUUGAUACAAUUUA